ACUCCUUUGGUCGGUCGAUCUCCCGUCUCCCUCCUCGCGACUUCGCCCGCCGCGCCGACCAGCCGCCGAUCCCCAUCCCGGCGUGCGAGCAGCGCCGCCGCCGCCGCCGCCACCGUCCUGCUGCUUCCGCCGCCGCCACCGUCCUGCUGCUUCCGCCGCAUCCUCUCCCCGCCGCUCAACCCUCCCCAUGCCCCAUGUUAGAUCCGCCGCUGAAAGGGACAAUGGCUCUGGUGGUGAUGUCACCCCGGGAACUCCAAGCCCGACCCAUGGUGCCCGUGUGAGGCAGCGGAAGCGCUCCAGCGAUGCUCCAUCUGACGUGAACAAAACCAAUGGCGCUAAUUUGCUGCUAAAUGACCAGAACAAGUACAAGUCAAUGCUUAUUCGCACGUAUUCUUCGCUCUGGAUGAUGGCAGGAUUUGUGUUUUUGAUAUACAUGGGACAUCUAUACAUAUGGGCUAUGGUUGUCGUUAUCCAAAUCUUUAUGGCGAGUGAGCUCUUCAAUCUGCUGAGGAAGGCCAACGAGGACAGGCAGCUUCCAGGGUUCAGACUACUUAACUGGCAUUUCUUCUUCACUGCGAUGCUUUUUGCGUAUGGCCGUUUCCUUAGUCGGCAGCUUGUCAACACGGUGACUUCAGACAAGUUAUUGUACAAGCUUGUGAGUGGCUUGAUCAAGUACCAAAUGUUUAUUUGCUACUUUCUUUAUAUAGCAGGGUUUGUAUGGUUUAUUCUCACUCUAAAGAAAAAGGCGUACAAGUAUCAAUUCAGUCAAUAUGCAUGGACUCACAUGAUCCUAUUGAUGGUAUUUGCACAGUCAUCUUUCACUGUGGCCAAUAUAUAUGAAGGAAUGUUUUGGUUCCUCCUACCAGCUUCUUUGAUCGCUAUCAACGAUGUUGCUGCAUAUUUCUUCGGCUUCUUCUUUGGGAAAACACCCUUAAUUAAGCUCUCUCCAAAAAAAACUUGGGAGGGCUUUCUAGGUGCAUCAGUGACUACCAUGCUUUCUGCAUUUGUGCUUGCUAAUUUCAUGGGUCAUUUCCAGUGGUUAACAUGCCCCAGAAAGGAUUUGUCGACUGGAUGGCUUCAUUGUGAUCCUGGCUCUAUAUUUACACCAGAAAGUUAUGAUUUACCAGGAUGGAUCCCUUGGCGAGAAGUGGCAAUUAUGCCUAUUCAGUGGCAUGCCUUAGCUCUUGGCUUGUUUGCUUCAAUAAUAGCACCAUUUGGAGGGUUUUUCGCUAGUGGUUUUAAAAGAGCUUUCAAAUUCAAGGAUUUUGGUGAUAGCAUACCUGGCCAUGGUGGAUUUACUGACAGGAUGGAUUGUCAAAUGGUUAUGGCUGUGUUUGCUUAUAUCUAUUACCAAUCGUUUGUGAUGGUACAGGACUUAUCUGUUGAGACAAUCAUGGAGCAGAUACUGAGAAAUCUCACGUUCGAGGAGCAGCAUGAUCUUUACGAGCAACUAGGCAAGUUACUGACGAGAGGGAACUGAUGCUAACAUAGAGACAUCAUGCACGAAAUCAACAGGACUAUGUGCAUUGUUUUUUUUACUUUUAGAUCAUCAUGUACAGCCCUAACACCCUAAAAACAAAAGAAUGAUAACGCUUAGGAUUGUUUUUUUUUUCCUCGAUCGAUGUAAGGGUAUGAUGUUUUCCGAGUAUACAGGAGUUUGUUCUUGCCUUCUCUUUGUAUUUUUCUUUCGGUUUUCAUCUUUGUGGCUGCAUGAGAAGGCAAAUGAAGGCCCAGUAGCAAACUAGCAGCCAUGACAUUUUUUUUUUCUUUCUUGUCGUCGAUGGGUUCUUGACUUCUUGUACUUUGUAGAACGAUAUUAAUCCCAUUAUUUCCUUGCUUUAUGGGUGCACUAACCUA